AUUGAAGUAGGUAUUAAUAGUUCAUGCCGUUCAUGAUAUUAAUUAUAUUAUAAUAAUAUUACAUAUUUAUGUGGAGUAUGUAGUACUAUGGACUAAGAUAGUAAGACAUAUAUUACAAUAAGAAACAAUAAUUGUCGGAAAUUGUUUUGUUCCUCAUUGUCAUGAGGGUUACAAAUCUCAAAUGAAAAAAAACAAAUUACUUGGAAUAAAACAUAAAACAAUGUUUAAAGCACCGAAGGAUGUACUUCUUCUGGAGAAAUGGUCUAAAGCAAUUCAACGAACUGAUAGAGAAUUACGUCCUGGGAUUGAUAGUGUAUGUGAAAAACAUUUUGAUGAAGCUUAUAUAUCUAGAUAUUUUGAAACUAAGAUGCCCGAUGGGUCAAUUAAUCGGAUAGAAAGGGGUAGAUUAUCAUUAAAAAAAAAUGCGGUUCCAUCAAUAUUUUCAGAUUUACCACAGAAUAUAACCAUUAUUGAACCGAUUAAAAAAACUAAGCUGAAUAAUGAUUCAAGUACAAUUGAUAAUAUAACUGAAACUUAUAAUAAUUUAAAAGAUGCAUUAAAAAAUAUGAAUUUACCAACUGAAUGGUUUUUUUGUUGUGCACAUAGUUCAUUGUUAUUAGGUUAUUUAGAUUCUAAUUAUGAACUAAUAAAAAAAAUUAUAAUUUCAAGUAAUGACCUAAAUUUAAAGGUAUUUAUUAAAAAUAAUCAAGUAAGCAUAACACAGACACUGGUUACAUGUAUUGACGAUAUUAAGAAUAUUCUAAAAACUGUUGAUGAUAUUAAAGUGUGCACCGAAACUGGAAUUGAUAAUUGUACAAAAUCUGAUCAAUGUUAUGUCGAAUGCUCUAAAGAAAGGAAAUUUAAUAUGGAUAUUCAAGGAAUACGUAAAAAAAAGAAUAACAGAAAACCAAUUACAAACAUUUUUAUAAAGAAUGUUUACUGUAAUAAACAGCGUAAUAUAAAGUUUGUUUAGUUAAAAAGGUCAACCAGGGAAAGGGAAAGUGGAGAAAUGGGAUUAAUGAUAGAAAAAGUUAGGGUAAAAUUAACUUGGUAAAGUUAAAUUAAUUAGAACAACUAAAUGUGAUAUUAAUUAAUUAAAAUUUUAUUUUUUUUAUACUUGGUAUA